AUGAGUCGACGAGAGGAGUCCACUCGCACAAGCGCAUUCCUGGGCCCCCACUCGCCCCUGAUUCUCGACUCGGAUAUGGGAGGCACGUUGCCAGACGCCGAAUUGGAAUUCUUUGACUCGGCUUUUGCACACGAUUCACCCGCAAGCCCGUCGCAUUUGCUCGACGACGAUUUUUUGGCUGCCGCUUCGGCCGGCACUUCAUUGAACCCUGUAGCCUCGUGCUACGACUCACCCGCCAAAUUUCCCCACGCGCGUCUCCAAGUCGGAUCGAGUCCGCUGACUACCACCGCUGCACAACCUCUAUCGGCCGCAUCCCCCGAAAGCUCCGUGCACGACUCGUCAUCGGACGACUCGAGACGCCACAAGCGCAAAUCCUCUUCGAAUUCGUCCCGCUCCGCCUUAAUCGGCCAAGAUAUUACCAUGAUGGAGGACGCCGACAUGAGCGACUGGAAGCCCGACGAGCUGAUGAUGGGAGGCGAUGGCGCCAGCCUCAUCUUUGAUGGUCAUGGCUUCUCGCUCCACGGCGACGCAAAUCCUCUUUCGCUCGACACGGAUCUGGAGAUGAGUAAUAAGGCGAUGGAAAAUCAUUUUGAUUUUGAUAGCGCUACCAGCAGCCCGAGUCCCGUUGCGCAGCCAGCAAACCCAACUGAGUCGACUUCAAAGCGAAAAACGCAAAAGGCGGAUUUGAACAAACCUCGAAAUCCAUCAAAAGCGAGUGUCAAUAGUCGUUCACGAGGUAGCGUUUCGUCGCAGACAACACGACACAAUGGAUUCUUUCUGGGAAACUCUCGAGAAGUCUCGCCGCUCUCGGCCAUGGUUACAAGCCAAGAAUCUUCACCCACGAACAUCUUCAACGCCGCGACGCCAUCCUCGACGACGGGAGAUGACUUUGGUGCUGGCCCCAUGCUCGGAGCCACUCCCCACAAUGCCGCGUGGCCAACCACGUUCAGCUUCACACAGCAAAACGCGCUACACAAUUCGUUUCCGCCUGCUGGCUUAACACCUACCAUGUUUGCCCAUGGUCUGGCAUCGCCGCUGUCCUCCAAGGCGGCUUCCGAAUGUUCUCGCGUGCCGACCUUGACAAUCCACCCGACACCGCUCAAAUCUCGAGUCGAGACGCAGAUUCCCAUCAGGAUGACCCUUCAUCCCAUGCCUCCCGGUGUGACCAAACUUCAUCUUCCCACUCACACCAUCUCGAAACCGAAGCUGCUUGCUAAACCAUCACCACCCAAGUCGCCCGAUAUGCUUGAACUUCAUACGAUGCUGGUUUGCACGAGCGCCAUGCAAAACCCCGCCAACUUACAACGAGCCCUUCGUCGCGCAGCGGGGCUCGAAACUCCAGUGAAAAAGGAGGAACGACGGUCGUCGUCGGGCGAUGCUCCUCAGGCGCAAAACGAGGAUGGUGAUACCGAGAAUCCUCUGAAUGGCGGCGAAGUCUCCAUCUGUCUCGGCUGCAUCACUCGAGAACGGAAGCGGGCUGCGCGAAAGAAGGUGAAGAAGGUAGAGGAGGAAGAAUCCUGGCAUCAGUACGAAAACAAACGUGUCAUUGUCUUCAACACGCAAGAAGUGAAGGAGUGGCACGAACCUGCCAAGGAUGACAAUGCCGAGCAGUUUCCGCCAUAUCCGGAAGGUGCGCUGCAAGUCGAUGCGCCCAUGCGAAUCGCAUGCUACUGUCGACAUCAGAAUGAGAAGGUUGGCUUCCAAGUCAUCUUCACCAUCAAGGACCACGAAGAUCGAGUCGUAGCUCAGGCGGUGACCUCGUCCAUCAUGAUCACUGAUGACCACAAGACUCACGCCGCUCCUCCGCCGCUUCCCGCGCCGACCUCGACGUUGCCGGAUGGUACACAGCUCCCUGGCGUCGGUGUUUUCCCGUCGGCACAAAAUUUUGAGGUGCCAGUGGGACCGUUCAGGGUGUCUCAUUCUACUCCCGAUCUUCAGGCUAUGCAGCACAGCUUUGGUCAGCAAUUCGCAACUGCGCCACAUCCAUUCGCUAUGGCGCCUGCCGCCGGGUCUCAGACGACAUCUGCUUCCCUCACACCGCGACAUCUGUCCCGGCAGGCCUCGCCGCCAGCGCCGUCCGGCCAUUCGGCCAAGAAGAGAAAGUCGAGCAGUUCAGCCAAGGUCCCGAGCGGCUUGGUCAUGACGACUCUGGAUAGUGGCCCACCUCCCACCUCGGCGCCCAGUGCUACGACGCCAACCGCGCCGACAAGCGCUGGACUCACACCGCAAUCUGCCACGGCCGCAAACUUUCCUCCUAAUAUGAACCCUUUCGUCCCUCCUCCGGCUGACCGUGCGUUCAUUGCUCCUCCACUGUCCGUCCCGCCAACUUUCAAUACGGGUCCUCCGACGCCUAACAGUAACGACCAAGGCUUUCACCCGCUAGCGCAUCGAUCGCAGAGCAUGGAGAGCCUCCCUAUUCCUCGUCUCUUCUCCACUCCGACAUCGACUGACCCCAGCCGGCCGCCAAGCCCUGGAAGCGCCUCGCGAAGCACCGCUUUCCAGCAAUCUCAGGCUCAGAUGGCCCAGGCUGUGGCGAAUUCGUUCUACGGCAUUCCACUUGCGCUGAACCCUCACCGACCGCCGACCAUUCAUAAGCUGAUUCCCAAUGAGGGUCCAAAAGCAGGUGGUAUCGAAGUGACGUGUCUAGGCAAUGGCUUCUGUCAGGGUUUAGAAGUUAUGUUUGGUGAUUCGUUGGCUACCACGACGACCUACUGGGGGGACACUUCUCUAGUGUGUUUGCUGCCACCUGCGGCCCAAGCCGGAACUGUUCCGGUCACCUUCAAGCAUCAGCAUCAGCAGCAUAUGCAAAUGCCAGGAUAUCCGACGCCUCCAGUGGCCCAGCAGCAAGUCUUUUUCAAGUACGUGGACGAUGACGAGCAGCAACUGUUGCGCAUGGCCUUGUCUGUCCUCGGGCACAAGAUGACGGGACGUAUGGAGGACGUUCGUGAUAUUGCCAGACGUAUCGUCGGAGGUGGAAAUAGUUCUUGGGCUCCACCCGCAGCGGGCUCAUCGACGACCGGCGGCACUCAGCAUAGUCAGGCGGCGGGUCUCAGUGCGGCAUUGCUUGGUGCUAUGGAUACUGAGUCUACUCUGUUGAAAUGUUUGGAUCUCAUUGAUCUCGACGACAGCCCGCAUCUGCCGCGCCUGAAUUUGCGGCGAUCUUCGGGUCAGACGAUGCUGCACACGGCCUGCGCCCUGGGAUACCACCGAUUUGUUGCUGCACUUCUUGCAAGAGGAGCCAACCCCGACCCUCGUGACAGGGGUGGCUACACGCCAAUGAUGCUUGCUGCGAUGCACAACCACCCUCAAAUUGUGCGACGGUUGAUCAUGAAUGGCGCCGACCCCACGCUGAGAAAUCUGCGAGGCUUUACCGCCGCGGAUUUGGCAGUGUCGGAGGAAGUGCUGCAGUCAACCCGGCGAAUUGAGCGUCAUGUGCGGACUCGCAGCGCCGGCCCCAGCUUCAGCCGGAGAAGACGAAGCAGCGCAGCGUCGCUUCGAUCGCUCUGGGAGCCGCCACUUGAGAUGACGUAUGCUCGCUCAAUGGCUGCUCCUGUGCACGAAUUUGAAGCUUCGAGCAGCGACGAAUCUGUAGAUGAGGAUUACGAGGAUGAUUCUGAUGAUAGUGCAUGGACUGAACAAGAGCCUGCCGACAAGCGUGUUCCUCCACCUGCCAGCCAGCUCUCCACCCGGCCCGCGACGACUGGCGGUAAUGGUUUUGUUGGCGGCGCUAUGGCCUCGCCCACGGCAGCGAUGGCAGCCUGGAGAGACCAUCUGGCUGCUCAGCUGCACCAUUUUCAACAGAGCUUCAACAUUCCAAUGCCUACCUUGCCGCCUCUGCCAGAUUAUCAAAACAAUAAUAUCGCCCGUCGCAUCAGCUCGCUUGUUCCUCAUCGAGGUUCAUCAGCACGACCAAGUGUAUCGUCCUCUUCCACUGUGCAGGCCUCGAACGGGAACAAUGGCCAAAGCCGGAAGCAAGGAGGCGGCGGCGACUCUUACUGGUCGCAGCUCUUCUCAUCCUCGUCGACCUCGACCGCUUCUUCUCCUCCGCCCCCGUCGUACGAGGAGAUUUAUCCCGAGCGAAAGGAAUACACUGAAGACAUGAAGAAGACGUCGGUGCUGCAGGCAGCUGUCGAUGCAACCAUGGACCAGCAUUGUGAGCAGACGUUUGACAAGGCGCAAACCGAGAGCUCCUCUGCCACGACCACUGUUGCGCACAGUCGGGCACCAAGUGACGGCGAGAGCGACGGUACUGCCGAAGCCAUUGAUGUCAAGAUUGGUCGCAAGACGACCAUUACCCGUGAGCAGCAAGCGCAGCUGCGACGAGCUCAUAAGAAGAGCCUCAAGCGAAUCCGGAGCGACCGGAAACUCUUCUUUGUUUGGAUUCCUCUUCUUUUGAUCAUCAUCUGCGCGAUGCUCAAGAACCAGUUGCCUGCUCUUUGGGCUAGCUUGUGCGAAUUUGUUGAGCCUUUUGUGCCAAACGUCAACUUGCAUCAGAGAUUCGUCGGUUGGGUCGGUGCGGCUUAA